AUGAAUGGACCAGUAGGAGGAGAGGAAAAUAAUGAUGAGAAUGAUGUUGUUGGAUAUUUCAAUAAUGAUAACGAUGAUAUUCAUACGACGAGGAAUGAUUAUUUUCAACCAUCGUCAUCAUCAUCGCAUUCGGAGGAUGUAGGAUUGAAUUUGGGACGACCGGUCGUUGAUGAACAAGAGGAUCUUGGUGGAGGAAAUGGAUUUUAUUAUUCGGAUGAUGAGGAGGAGGAUGUCAUGAAUGGUAGUUUUUCAUUUGAGAAGGAAAAUAAUAACCGUGAUGACAUAACAAGAGACAGUAUGCCACCCAGACGAACAUCAUUCACGAUGAGUGACAAUGAUGAGGAUGAUGGAUAUAAUAAUAUUUUCGGGGCUGUUGGAAAUAGUUCCGUAUCCAACAAAUCACCGAACACGUCGUCAGGACCCUAUGGUUUGCCACCACGAUACCUUCAUCGUGAUGACCGUUAUUACUUGCCACAAGACAUUUCCACCUCUAGUACCAUGACUACAUCGUCAGAUCCUAUGAAUUCUAUACAACUCGAGUCCAUCGAUCAUAUAUUUGAAGAGUCCCAAGUCUCACCCAUUCAACCAGUAUCUAACAACGUCCUAUCUCCACCCAAUUCCAUACAUCCCUUUGACGUUAUAUUAUCACCAACACACCCCGAAGAAAUGAAUUUUGAAGAUGGAUUUGCCAUGCUUUCUGUUGACACUUCUUCGAUGGUGUUAGACCAACCUCUCGACUUGAAUGCCAACAAUAACGACAGCAUGAUGGAUGAGUUAAAUAAUGUUCGUGUCACUACUCCUGUCAUGCAAGACAACAAUUUUGUGAAAAUGAAAUCAAAAAGAAAUAGCUCGCAAAAGAAGAAAGUACGAUUCUCAGAUAAUGAUAUUUUAUUUCCAGUGACAGUAAUUCCUGCAUCACCAAGCGAGGACGACACAAAGAAAACAUUGGACUUUAAUUCCCCUUCAACUAACACUGUGGUGAAUAAUUUUUCACCAUCAACCACUUCUGCCAUGCAAGACACAAAAAAUAAUCAACUACCUCCCCAAAUUCCCUUUCAUCUCUACAACAGCAAAAAUUCUGAGACUUCUACAAAUGGUGAAGUAAUACCUAGCAAAUAUAGCAAUGGUGUGAAUCAAAGUGAUCUCUCACCAAUGGAUCAUUCGCUACGCAAUGACAAUUUUGAUAACAACGAGGAUGAUGAAUUUAAAACUCAUGAUGGAAAGAAGAGAUUAUUCGGCUUAACUGGGUAUCAAUAUUUGGUAUUGGCCUCAGCUUGGCUUGGUUGGGCCUUUGACAUUUUUGAUGGAGUGCUAUUCAGUUAUGCAGCUCCCAUUUGUAUUCCUAAUUUAUUAGGUUUCGCAGACGAUCAACUGACAUCUACUGCUGCUAAAGAACAGACUGCAUUAUGGAGCAGUAUAUUGAGUAGUGUAUUGUUAUUUGGUUGGGGCUGUGGAGGCGUAUUUUUCGGAUGGUUAACAGAUAGAGUUGGACGAUCGAAAACAAUGAUGAUAACAAUUGUUGUGUAUAGUAUUGGCACGUUUUUAGCUGCCUUUUCUUUCCACAUUAGUGUGCUAGUGAUUUUACGAUUUAUUGCUAGUUUGGGCAUUGGAGGAGAGUGGUCCGCAGGAGCAGCCCUCAUCAGUGAAACAUUACCAAUAGAAAAGCGAGUCAUUGGUGGUGUUGUUCUUUACACUGCUGCACCUAUUGGAAGUAUGGCCUCAUUUGCUGUCAAUUAUUUAAUUACGAGUGUGUUACUUCAACGAACAGGACCACCAGUGAACGGAACUGUCACAAAUUCUACCAUACAUGCAAUGAUGGAUUUUGUAACAUCUACUGACACGAUUAUGAGUGAAGGUAUUAAUGCACCAGUCAUUACAGGAGGACCCAUUCCUGUGUGGCUUUCAUGGAGAAUACUUUUUGCCAUUGGUGUCAUUCCAACCAUUGUUGGAAUUUUCAUUCGUAUUUGUGUGAAGGAGCCAGAUUCAUGGGUCGAACAACAACGAAGAGAGAAGGAAGAGCAUGAACAACAAGAGAAUGCAAACACGUCGAAUCCUCAUACUAAUCUGAACGAGGAUGAACAAAAAUUACCAACUCCUAUUCGAUCGUAUGCAAAUUCAAUUCUUGCAAGUCCAUCUUCUGGAAAUGAUGACUCGCCAACAGUUUCAACCAAUUCCGAAGAUGACAUGAAAGAAAUUGAUCUUGGAACUCCCACCCAUGCGAACGGAAAUUUGAAUGGAGAAAAGUUUGAAACCCUUCCAUUCACUCGAAGUGAAUCUGAUCUCUCUACGACUAGUUCACAACAACCACUCAAGAAAAAACGAAAAGGAAAGUCCUAUUUGGAUUUAUUUUCUAAUGCAGAUUUGAGACGAAGAACUAUUAGUUCUAUUUUAUUUGUAUGUCCUGCAUUAAUCUCGUGGUGGUGUAUUAGUACUUUUAUACCAAUUUUGAGUACUUAUCUAGCUUCCAAUUACAAAGACCCUGAUGAAAAGAAGCAUUAUCAAGAUUUAUACUCGGUACUUGGAAAUAUGUUAUUUAAUUUUGGAGGACUGAUUGGAACUUUGAUGGUAAUUCCCAUUGCUACCAAGUUUGGACGAUUGUGGGUGUAUAGAAUUUACUUCUUUUUUGCUACAGUAUCUAUUGUUGUGGCAUUUGGAAUUCCUGACAUGUCUCCAGUACUUAGAUUCAGUUUAAUGUUUCCAGUAGGAGUUUUUGUUUUUGGUGCUUUUGGAAGCUUUACUUUUUAUUUACCUGAAUUAUUUCCAAUGGAGUUGAGAGGAAGAGGAUCAGGAUUUACAUAUAACUGCGGACGAUUUGGUACAGCCAUUUUCCCAUUUUUAGUUGGAUUAAUUGUGUCACAAGGAGUGAAUCCACUUAUUGUACUAUCAUGUAUUUCCAUUGCUACCUUCUUUGGAUUUAUUGUUUCGGUAAUACCAAGAUUUGCAGUAGAAACUAAGGAUGUGAUUAUUCACUAA